CUUUUAUUGGUGAAAGCAGUAUGGAUUUCCAAGUUAUUACACAGAAUCAUUUUGAAGCACUGUGUACCCUUCAUGCAAAAGGUAUUGGACUGGAAAUUCCAGUAAAAGCCCAGCCUUCUACAGUGGAUUUCAAAAUAUGUAUUCCAGACCACACUUACCAGACUAAUGUAACUGUGUUCAAUAGUGACAAGAUAGUUAGACGUGUUAAGUGGAAAGUACCGUCUCUGCUGCAGAAUUACUUACAAAUUCAACCAGACCACUCUUUUGUACAGGCUCAAGGACAAAAUGACUUCUUACUUCGAUUUACACCCAGGACCGAGUUACUGAAACAAGGAGAACAGUAUCGUAAUCAAAAUAUGAGGUUUCUUGAUGAAAAGUUGCAUGUUCUAUGCACACUACUAGAACAAACUGUUACAUUAGAUGUGACAAUCCUUGCUGUACUAACAUCAACUGAUCUAACCUUUGACCCAGAAGAAAUUGACUUUGGGCAAUGUACCACUCAGUACUGUCUUCGAAAGAAGUUAGAAGUGACCAACCAUUCCAUACUUGAGCAAUCUCUGGAAUUUAUUGGUGUUCCUAAGUUUGCUGAUGUGCAACCUGGUGAUGGCUUCAUGAGACUAUUACCUGGAGAAACUGUAGAACUGGAUGUAAUAUUCUCACCUUUGAAGCCUGGUGAAUACCAGUGGUCACUUUAUUCUAAGACUUUAUCUGGCAGACAGUUUCAUCUAAAAUGUACUGGCAAAGGAGUACAGCUACCACUGGUCAUUUCUUCACCUGUUGUCCAUUUUCCACCAACUCCAAUGAAUCACUACAGUAAUGUGACACUUCAUCUGAGACAACCAUCACUUUCUAAAAAACCUGCCAAUUUGACUGAAAAUCCUGUUUCGUUUGAGUUUGUAGUAUCUGAAGAUGCACCAAUAACAAUUUCCCCUCUUGUUGGUACUGUUGAAGAAGGGAAGAACUUUAAAAUUAUCGUAACCUUCCAUCCAAAACUAGAUGAAACUGAAGUAAAAUUACAAGCAGCAAAACUAGAAACAGAAAAACAAAAACGAAAAGCCAAGGAGGAUUUGCAACAAAAAAUACACCUACAACAACAACUCUUAUUGAAGGAGAAAGAAAUGCAGCAAAAAUUGCCAAAAAACAAAAAACUUGCUUCAAUCACAGACCAAACAGAGAUUGAAGAUUUCUCCCAGCUUCAUGAAUUAAAGCCUGUGAAACCUGAAGAAAUAGAAGUUGGGUCAUCAAUGUACAAUUUGGGUCUUGUGUCUCUGUUGGAAAAUGUGAAGCCAAUAGUGAAAAAGUAUACAGUUCCAUGCUUUAUUACCCAUGCACGUUUGUCGCUUCUGAAAAAACCAAUGUACAAUGUUGAGAAUACUUUGUACCUUGAGUUGCACUGUCCAGUAGUACAACCCCCUUUUGUGGUAAAGGAUGGAAACAAGUUGCAUAAUUAUGGAAAAGUACCCAUUGGAAAGAGAGUCAUAUGGGCCUUUCAGCUCAUUAAUCAAUCAACAGAGUCUCUAAAACUCCAUUCUACUUUGCUAGAUGAUUAUGGUCCUUUUCAGCUUGUGAAUGCACUUAGAACAAUUCCUCCUUCUUAUUCUCACUUUCUCAGAAUUGCCUUUACUCCAUUUUCUGAACAAAAGUACUACGACCAAAUCAGGGUGUCAGUGACAACUCCAGUCUUUACAGAGAUUGUUCUGAGAUUAGAAGGAACUGGGGUAGAACCACAGGUUCAAGUUUGUUGGAAUUCUGAUACUAUUCUGCAGUUUGGUUGGGUCAUGAUUGAGGAGACCGUCAGACAGACUGUUCAUAUUGAAAACAAAACUUGUGUUCCUGUUGAGAUAAAGUGUGAGGUUAACUCUGGAGAAAAAACUUUACAUUGCUCCUAUUACCCAAGGGAAUUACCUUUUAUUUUGUAUGCUUCUUCAGUCAGCAUUUCUGCUGAAAGCAAAGAGCAAAUAUUUCUUACCUUCAAUCCUAAUGUUGCUGGAUGCUACAGAGGACAACUAGAAGUUACACUUUUUAAAAAGCCACUGUGUACCAUUAGUCUGGAGGGAUAUUGUUGUGAAAACAUUGUAUAUUUGAUGGGUGGACUAAAACAACAAUUACAUGACAAGACUCCCCCGAAGCCCUCUUCUGAUAUAAGAGAAAGAUUUUGUUUUAAUUUGGCUUCAUCAAACAAUUCAGCUAUAACAGAAUUUAAGAUUGGCUGUGUAAAAAGUGAAAAAAUCAAGAUCAAAAAGGGAGUAGAAUUUAAAUUUGAAGAAUUAGCACUGGCAACUGAGGCAGGAUAUUCUAUUGAACCAGUCAAGGGAAUAGUUCCUCAAGGGGAUGAGAUUGCUGUAUCUGUCAAAUGGUCGCCUGUACCUUCUAAAAUUUCACAUUCCCCAAAGAUGAUGAAGGCAUACAAGCUCCCUUCAAGUAAACCCCAGCCUGUCAUUAAGUCACCACGAACAUCCAAAUAUCCCAAAGCAGCAAACCUACCCAAAUCCCCCCAAAAAAUUGAAUUCUGCUCAAUAAAAUCAGAAACAUUAAAAUCCCCAUCUGCUCCUCAUUCUACUGAACUAAUGAAGGCAUCUGAUAUCCCUGUGGAUGAAAAUCAAGUUUCAGUGUUCUCAGAAGUAGUUGUGUACCUGGUGGUUAAAGCUGACACAAUAUUCAAAUACGAAAUUUUCUUGACUGUGGAUAACAUUUUGCCAAUGCGUUAAAUUACUGUGUAUGUUUUACUUGAAAAACUAUGAAUUUUCCUUUUUAUUUUGUGUGUAUAUAUAUAUAUAUAUAUAUAUGUGUGUGUGUGUCUAUAAAAUUGAGUUUCAUUUUCCUCUGUAACACUUUGAAUAAUUUAU